AUGGCGCUUGCUGCAAUUAUCAACCCGGUUGAUACAUCGGAAGCUUUGCUCUUCUACUAUGAGAAGAACGAUGACAUUUACUCACUGGCUGUGCGCCAUUCUUCCGUCUCUGGUGGUCGAGACCAGCUCUUUGUCAACCGCAACACCAUUGGAUCUCGCGUCAAGGCUCCUCCCUCAGACCUUGCCGUGACCAGCUUCCUAGGCCUGACUCGAGUUUUCGGCAUCGCCAAGAUCCCCAAGGUCGUCAAGUCCGCAGAUCCCGAUAUUGCAGUCAUUUCUCAGCUCAGCCCUGUCGUCAAUCCCAUUGACAAAGCGAGUGUGGACAAUGUCCAGCCCGGAGAUUACUCCGCUGUCACGGCUUGUGGAAACGUGACCAACACUGGUUAUGUGUCCUUUUUGAAGGAGAUUGGCGGCGUCGUUCAAUUGAUCAACUACACUCUGAACAAGUCGGCGUCACCCACUAACAAGGCCGUGGACGUUACCGCCGCUGGCUACUCUAAGCUGGCCAGUAUCACCGUCAAGGGCAAGCCUUGGGUCUUUUUCCAGAACAAGUCUGGGCAGUAUCUGUACUACCACAACAUUUUGGCAGGCGAGACUCUGAAAAUCCCUACCACGGGAAUGGCAGAGAAGGGAACUCACCUGGCUGUCGCCCAGACCCCCGACGAGUCCAUGCUCUUCCUGUACUACCGCAACCAAGAUGGCAACAUUGCUAGGACCUGGCUUUACAACAACAAGUGGUCUCCCGAAGAGGUUGCUGCGGAGGAUGCCAUGGACGACGACUCGGCCAUUGCUCUGGUCGUCCACGACAAGAACCUCCACAUCUACUUCUGGAACGAUGGUGACAUUAUCCACGACGUCAACGAUCUUCCCGAUGACAGCCAGCUCAGCGUCAGCCACAUCAAUGGCCUCUAUGCUUUGCCGCAUAGUGAGUAA